AGCAAGGAUGCAUGAGAAUAAAUGACAGAGCAGAGGGAUGGUUAGCCGUGCUGCGGCCUGUCAGCAGCUCAUCUUAGCUCUCAGCUCCAGUGGUUUUAGCAGCUGCUAUUUUUAGGACAAAAAAACCCAAGCAAUCUACUAUUUCCAGUAACACGUUUAUUGGCCACAUAUCCGUCAAAUGUGCUCACUUCACCGCACUCUGAGAGUCCCAGAUGUAACUUCACUCUCACCUCUGGUUUUAGUGUAGCUGCGGACGAAGACGAUGGAUUAUGGAUUCUCCUCUGUAAAGAAACAGGGAUUAAAAACUGUCAGGUGAGACUUGGGUUUUCCAGCCUCUUUGGUCCGGCAGCUCAUUAUAAACUGGCUCUGUGUGAGCACAGACCUCUCAAACCCGUUUCCAGUAACAGAGGCCAACAGGAGUGAGAACAGUGAGAACUGAAGUCAGUUUCACAGUGUGAAAAAGGCUGAAACUGAUCCUGACACCUGCUGAGCUCAACCACAGCUGGAAGGAGAAAACAGCUGGGUCCACAUCUGUUUCAAACAGCUCUCUAUCUGUCCCACCAUCCAUCCAUCAUGACGGAGCCAUCUUCAGGCCGAUGGAAGCUGACUUUCCUGAAGAGAAAAAAAUCCCAACCCAAGGUUCUGUAUGAAAUCCCUACAGAGUUUGUUUCCAAUGCCACCACAGGCCAGCACAGUUCAGGGGCAGCGACCGGAGCCACGGCCCACACAGAGGUCGCCGUGCUCGAUCCCCAGCUGGACGCCCGACUGGAAAGGAUUGUGGAUAAAACCACGGCCAGCAAGGGGCGCCAUGUCAAGGUGUCCCACUCUGGAAGGUUUAAGGAGAAGAAGAAAGUGCGAGCCAUGCUGGCGGAGAACCCAGAGAUGUUCCAGGGAGGUGACCCAGAGAGGGAUGAGAACCAGAGGGCUAGGAAGUGACAGGAAAAUGACUAUUAAUGCACUCAAACAAAGACAUAGUAACAUAAAGGCACAUUCAGUCAGAGAUACAUUUAAAGGAACUGUUUACAUUUUUGUGUUUAAAACUAGUUUUAUGUCUAUGAUGCAAAAACCUAAUGUUUUAUAUCAUAUCACCACAUCAACCCCGAAGCAAGGUGAUAUGUUAGAAUAAACAGAAAAGUCCACAGACAGCACAGACAGCAGGAGGAGUCUGGCUUUAAUGGGGCUCAUGGGGUUCAUUUUAAGGCUGAGGCUCCACAGUGGGUUUAUCCAGCCAUGGCACAAAAUACAUCUGUAAGUUACUUUUUACAUUUUUUUAAAAACAUAUUAAUAUUAGCUGGGGUAAGCCUAUGAACAGUUGUUUAUCUUUUGUCAAUUAGGGCAUUGUCUGGGUCUAGUAAUUAUAUUUUACAGGGUUUAUGAAUAUAUAGCAAAACAUACAACUCUUUGGACGUGUAUUAGGUUUUCAGUCACUGUUUUCUAGCUGCUGAUCGAGUCAGCAGUAGCAUCUAUCCACACACACACACUCUACACAAGACAGCACAAGACAAACACACAGAAAGCCUGGAACAUCAAAGCAGCCAGUCUGAGCUUCCUCUGUCCACCCAGAAACCUCAUCCUCAGCUGAAUACACUCAACUGUUCAUGCAAACACUUAACCUCAGGACUGAUGAGAAGGCACAUCUGAGUUGUAUCAGGAGAUUUUGGGUAAAUCAACAUGUAUUUUGACUUAGGUUUGGUUUAAGAAGCUUGUUUUCUGGAUAAAUGUUAGUCUGUCUUACAGUGUCUGGUUUAUAAUCAACAUCAAAUUAAUAGAUGUAUUAGACUUCAGUAGUGACUUAUUGUAAUACCACUUCAGUUUGGGUCCUGGGUUAAAUUAACGUACACACGUUGGUGCUCUGUUUUGCUGUGAUCGUUUCACUUUGGUAUGUCGAUGCUGCAAAACGCGAAAUGUGUGUUACAAAUAUUUUUUGUUAAAUAAUUAUUGUAUAAAUAAAAUAUGUCUGAUUUUAAUAGUAAAGCCAAGUAUAAUCAGUGUAUCUGCAGGGCAAAAGUUUUAAUGUUCAUUAGUCACUGUAAUAAUCAAUCCCCUCAUCUGCACAGAGCUGCUGUGCUCACUUAAACCACAGGGGGGAGCCCUCGCUCAUGUAAAACCUCAGCACCACAGUGAUGCUGAUUGGUAAAGUGAUGCCCUCUAGUGGUCAGAGGCAAAAAAUACACACAGUUCAUCCUUGAAU